ACCUCUUUCUCCUCAUAGACAUGACAACGGCUGUGGUAUUCAUUCAACGAUGCAUGUUCGUAUUUGCCAUCUUACUUUGUUACUUUCAUGUUCAGAGUGAAAACGUGGAUUGCGAAAUGUAUCCAUACCAUCAUACCUGUCGAGGCACUAUGUCAAGGAAGCGCGCAAUGUUUCCAAUUGUGUACGGUUCGGGAUGUGAGAGCAGUAAAGGAAAUAUAAAUUGCAUCAAAGAAUUUGAAGAAACACAUCGUAUUCCCUACAUUCCACUAUCAAAGUCAAAACUUCUAAUUGCUUUGCUUGGCGAUGAUUUGCAAAGGGAUAUUACACGAUCUGUUCGUCAUAAAUUAAGGAACGAUGAAAUGAAUAAACCAGCCUUAAUGGAGAACUUUUUAUCAGAUUUGGAAUCUUCGGACAACUAUUGA